CCUGUAGUAUCCAACCCUUCUCUCUCUCUCUUCAUUAUAUAGUAAAAGCCGACUCUCUACUAAUCUCCCUCUUUUCUUCUCCCUCUUUACUCAUUCAAUACUUUCUCUCUCUAAAAAUCCAUUGAAGGAAACUAGAGAGAGAAAGUUAGUUAGUGAGUGAGCUAGAGAGAGGAAGAAGAUUGAAAUUUGAGAAUUGGUGGGAAAAAAUGAACGGUGGAGAUUUGAAUCAGCAACAACAACAGCAACAGCAUCAACAACAACAACAUCACCAGCAGUGGGUGGCGAUGCAUCAGUAUCAACAACAAUGGAUGGCGAUGCAGUAUCCAGCAGCAGCAAUGGCGAUGCAGCAACAGAUGAUGUAUGGUCAGCAAUACAUGCCUUACUAUCAUCAACAGCAGCAGCAGCAGAUGCUGCAGCCGCCGCCGCCGCAGAUUCAGACUUCAUCUGAAGAUAACAAAACGAUUUGGAUUGGUGAUCUUCAGCCAUGGAUGGAUGAAAAUUAUCUUCAUUCCUGCUUUUCUCAUGUUGGCGAG